UUUGUAUUCAUAUCUUCAGGCUUGGGAGCUCAAGAAGCUAUUCAAGCAGUGUUUUCAAUGUUCCUGAACAUUACCGCUGGAGCAUUUCUUCUUACUUGUAUAAGGACCAAAAUGCUCUUCCUUGGACUCAUGGAAGUACAAUGACAAUUCGUUCUACAAUGGCUUCCAAAUCAUUGAUCUUUUGGAAUGACAAAAGGUUGGUAACAACAGCAACGAAAGCCCCUGCACAAGGACGGCAGAUGGGUGCUCUUAAAGUGUCUAUGUUGAGUCCUGGAUUCAUAUAUGAACCUUACGCACCUCGUGAAGCAAUGCCAUUUUGGCGGAGAUGGUUUACGAGAAAUGGAUGGAGAAGAACAAAGGAGGAUAUGAUUUUAGAGCUGAAAAGUGCCUAUGCCAUUGCCAAGUUGAGGAAAACUGGAUAUUCAAAACAGAAGUUCUACAAAGAGGCUGUAGAAAUGUAUAAGGAGAUUAACACUUUGAUGGCAAGCGGUGACAAAACUUCAAUAAGGAAAGCAGUUACUGAGAAUAUGUACUCUGCGCUCAAGAAUGAAAUUAAACAAAGAGAAUCCAUGUGGAGUAAGGUGUACUGGGAAUUGGUUGAACCAAUUGUUAAGAUACGAACGCUGCGUGCUCGGCUGAUUGGUGUUGACCAAAAGGACCUCAACAAAGUAUUCAUACAGCUUACUCUAGAGUUUCUAGCUAAGCAGAAAUUUGAGGCAUAAGAUUCAAAAGGUGCUGUUGUUGCUGGAGAUAAAACUAAGGAGGUUCUUGUCCGUGACAUCUGGGUAUUUGAAAAAUCUCUCUUUCAUCCUGGAGCUUAUUGGCGUCUUUGUGGGCGGAUUAAGGUUUAACCUCGCUAUGUUUGACUAACCAUAGUUCUGCAUGCCAGAUGACUAGCACAAUGAUAUAUUUUAUUACCCAAUUUUGUAGACUGAAAAUUUUGUAAUUUAUUUAAUCUCUAUGAUAGUUAUACAUUUUCCUUGUUUUGUGAAUUCAGUUUGAGACCUGAAUUCAGAGUAAUAAAUUCAAUUUUUUUUA